UAAAGAGAAAUUCCAGCAGCCUCCAAAUAUGAUUACCCUCCGCCGCCAGAUCCUGUCUUUGUGUUAGUUGCCUCUUUGACCUCCGGGUGGACAGCUCCAGUCAGCUCUGCCAGGGAAGAUGACUGACUGUGAGUUCAUGUAUAUCCACUCUCUGGCUGAGGACUAUCUUCAGUAUGUCCUGCAGGUACCCGCUUUAGAAUCGGCUCCAAGCAAAACAUCCAGAGUUCUACAAAGAGUUGCUUUCUCAGCUCAAAAAAAAGUGGAAAAGAAUCUGAAACUAUACUUGGAUGAUUUUGAUGUGGGAUCCAUAGAGGCUGCCAGAACUAUAUUCAAUCAAGUGAUGGAAAAAGAAUUUGAAGAUGGCAUCAUUAACUGGGGAAGGAUUGUGACUGUAUUUGCCUUUGGGGGUGUUCUCCUCAAAAAACUCCCACAAGAGCAGACUGGCAUGGAUGCAGGUGCUUACAAGCAAGUUUCCAGUUUUGUAGCUGAAUUCAUAAUGAAUAACACAGGAGAAUGGAUACGGCAGAAUGGAGGCUGGGAAGAUGGCUUCAUGAAGAAGUUUGAACCUAAAUCUGGCUGGCUGACCUUUCUGGAAAUGACAGGGCAGAUCUGGGAAAUGCUCUUUUUCUCCUCAAGCAACACUACUGACCAGAGAGACAAUGGAACCUGUGACAAUGGUGACGAGCACUUAGUACGUCCAUUUGCAAACAACUCAGAUGACAGGACUUGACUUUCCAGAGUUGCGGAUGUUUUGUCCCACUUUAAUGAAUAAAUUACUGAUAUUUGU